AUGGAUGCCGGUCUGACCCCAGCCCAGGCAGCCGAUGCCCUGGGCCUCCCGAUGCCAGGCAGCGGCCCCUACACGCCCAACCUCAUCCGGCGCCACUACCUCCGGCGGGCUGUGCGGGUGCACCCCGACAAGUGCAGGGAUCCGGGGGCCGUCCAGGAGUUCCAGCGGCUUAAGGCAGCCCAUGACCUGCUGCUAUCCCGAGCCGUCGGCGAUGCGCAUUCUGCCGCCGAGGCCGCCGCCAGCGCGGACCUGCUUUCCACCUUCCUGCGUGCCAUGACCGGGAAGCUGCGUGACGCCUCGCUGGAGGCCGAGCUUGCCUCCCUCGGGGUGUACCGCCCUCCCGAAGCCUUUGGCGUUGACCUGGCCAUCAGAUUCCAGGGCGCCGAUGGUGGGCGAGGUCCAGAGGAGAGCGCGGAUGCCAAGGCGGCGCUGCGUGAUGUCUUUGCCCAGCAAGGCGUCCCCUGGGAAGAGGAGGAGGGGGGGGCGAAGGCUGGCACGGGCGGUGAUGGGCGCGAGGCAAGCAACGAGGAUGCAGCGUGGUGA